AUGUCAAAUCCUGAAGAUUGGUUCAGAAUUACUAUUUAUAUUCCCUUUAUUGACCAUUUUAUAACAGAAUUAAAUUCAAGAUUUAAUGAUAUAUUCAAAGAUAUUAUUCCAUUAGAAGGAUUGAUCCCUGCUAACAAUAAUAAGUAUAAAACAGAAGAGAUAUUAAAAUCAUUAAUGUAUGAUGAAGAUAUACCAGCUAAUUCUCACUUGGAAAUACAAGCUGAAUUAGAACUCUGGAAGACGAAAUGGGCCAACACAGAAAAUCCAAAGCCCCAAACUGCGGUUGAAACAUUGUUGCAUUAUAAGGUAUUUUACCCAAACAUUAAAAUAUUACUACAAAUUUUUGCAACAAUUACAAUAACAUCAGAAACAGCUGAAAGAUCAUUUUCUUCCUUAGGAAUACUGAACAAUUACAUGAGAUCUUCUAUGACAGAAGACAGGCUAAAUGGGUUAGCAGUGCUGCAUAUACAUAAAGAAAUACCCAUCGAUAUUGACGAUGUCAUAAAUAUAUUUUCUCGACAGAAGCAAAGGCGAAUGAAAACUGAAGAUUGGUCAAAAGACUAA